CAGCAGAUCGCGAGCUCGACAACAAGGUUUUUGUUUGUGUUUUGUGGUGUGUUCAGUGGCAGGACCCCUCUGCUGACUGAUGUUGUGUGACACCUGACGCAGCGACACGCUCACACCCGAACAGAGCAAGCACAGAAGAGGAAGCAGAGCGAGCAGGUGGCGGCCGGGAAGCGAGCGGGGAUGCCUGUGACCGUCACACGGACGGCGUUUGGGACGCUGAGCAGCACAGGGGAGCAAGUGGACAAGUUCACCCUCAGCAAUGGCAGCAUGGAGGUGGACAUCCUCACAUAUGGCGCCAUCAUAGCCGCACUGUGUGUUCCAGAUAGUGCGGGUACGGUUGCCGACGUGGCAUUGGGCUUCGAUACGCUGCAGGACUGGGAGGAGAAGAACGUGCCGUACAUGGGUGCCGUCAUCGGCCGUGUUGCCAACCGCAUCGCUGGCGGUACGUUUGACCUGGACGGACAAACGUACACGCUGGCAAAGAACAACGGCGAUAACCACUUACAUGGCGGUCUCAAAGGCUUUGACAAGCGUGUGUGGACGGCGACAACCGAGCCCGCGGGUGUUCGCUUGCAGUACACGUCGCCCGAUGGCGAAGAAGGGUAUCCCGGCGAGGUCACCGUGACGGUAACAUACACACUCGAGGACGCGGCCAACACGAUGCGAAUCGCAUACGAGGCGACGACCACCAAGGCCACACCCCUCAACCUCACGAACCACACAUACUUCAACCUCCGCGGCGCGGGCGAAGGGGACGUGCUUGAGCAUCGACUGCAGAUGAACGCACAGCACUACACGCCAGCCCGCCCGGACCUGAUACCGACGGGCGAUAUCGCUCCUGUCAAGGGCACACCGUUUGACUUUGUGGAAGCGAAGGAGAUUGGUGCCGAUAAUGGCGACGUGUCCAACGGGUACGACAACAACUUCAUGCUGGAUCGCAGCGCCUGCAGCAGCAGCGACGAACCCGCACGCGCAGCCAGGGUGACUGAACCACGUAGCGGCCGUGUCUUGACAGUCGAGACCACAGAGCCGGCGUGCCAACUGUAUGUGGGUGGAUUCCUGGACGGGCUCGCGGGCAAGGGCAACAAGUCGUACGACCAAUACCACGGGUUUUGCCUGGAGACGCAGCACCCACCAGAUGCCGUCCACCACGCGGCGUUUCCGUCCAUCAUCCUCCAGCCAGGACACACGCGCACAUCAACCACCAUCUUCGCCUUCACAACCGCCGCCCCAGCCACAGCUGCAUCUGUGUGAUGUCAUGUGACAAGUUUUCGUGUGAGUGCCGCGCAAUUCACAUCCGUCUCGCUCAUCUCUGUUAUUUUCUUGCGGUUUCUGCUGUUGGUGCUGGUGGUAUGAGUGUCGUUUACUACUGUCUGUGUGCUUUGUACAGCGUCGUGUUACCAUCGCAUACAUUUUCCACAA